AUGCAAAGAGUCAUUUUUAUUCUCUUCCUACUUCUGUUGGCUUUGAGCAGCCGUGCUGGUGGAGGUGAGUGCCCUUAUUUACUUCUUGUUUAUUAUCGAUGAGUGAGGGUGUUGAGUAAGUAUUUGCACGCCUACAUUUUAAACAGUAUCGGCUCAAACUUCCAGUUAGAUGUUCGCUUAAUAUUUCGGAACCCGACUUCACUGACCUCGUUCUGCAGCGAUGAAUUCUGGCCUAACCGAGGUAAUGUAAAGGAAUAUUCUCCUAUCCCUCGGGGUCUCACAACAACUCGCGGGUCAUUCGAAUCAGCAGAAAGUAACCUACACCGCAGGGACAAUGAUGCACCUGUUCAAGGCAGCGCCAUAAAGUUUGCUUGCACACAAUAGGGGGUUUAUCUCAUAAAACAUAAACCAUAAUUGUGAAAUACGAUCUCGGUGAGAAAGGUAAGGUUGUACUAUUGAUUAUCGUGCAGCGUGAUUCAUAGAUAAUUUUGUCACAUCGGGAUGCAGGCCCCUGAAUUUGUGUCUUUACGGCCGCUUAAAUAAAUAAACUUGCCUAGGAAUAACUAAUCAAGUAAUAUAAAAUUUUAAUUCACUUUCGAUGCCACGACAAAUCCGGUAGUAUUUUAAGGAAACCGGUGUAUGCAAACAACCUUUCUUACGGCCAUUUGGUGGUUAAUUAAUUUUCUUCAGCCCUUGUUUAAUGAGGUGAUAUUUUCCAGUUUUAAGAAACGUUUUUCAGUUGUCGACUGACUUCAAGCUUUAAUCUCUCCAUGUACGGAAAAUUUACACUUUCCUCUUUGCUACCAAGAAGGUACUAUAUAGGGCUCCUGAAAUUUCCUGAUAGAUAUGGACCGUGUGGUAUACUUCCUAAGAGGCAUUAACAGGCGGACAAGUGCGACGCUAUUUAAAUGAACAUUACACGUUCUCCCAAAGUCUCCUAGUUACAAAUUCUAUAAAACAAUACGACAUAAUUCCUUCAAACCUACAGGUUGGAUAAAGCAGAAUUCACUAUAAAGGUCUUACAGGAAAGGAUAUUUUGAUGCAACUUUUUCAUAAGAUGUAUUUUAUAUGAGCAUCUAAAACACAUAGAAAUUUCACACUACUUGGGUUGAAACUUUCUAGCGAGAUUAACUUUUGCAGGUAGUCAUAAGGAAACGCGUUAAAAACCAGCAUCCUGGCGUGGCAAAAAUCUUGCGAUUAUGCCAUAUGAUCACAUGUGAGUAAGCACCCUGAUUUUCCCGUCUAAAAAUAUCGCCUUAAGGGUCGCCUCGAGAAAGCCAGCGAAUACGCUCCAAAAUGCCCUUUUACGUGAUGGCUAAUUUUAGAAAAUCAUAUAUGUAGUUAAAAAAUGUGUCUGGCAAGUCAGACUCCAGAUGUGCUGAGCAGAACUCCAACGUCGCAAAGACGUGAAAAUGUAAACUAAACUAUUCAUGGCAGAUGGUGGAGCUCAUAAAACGUUGGCUGGAGUUUGCUUUUGAUUAUAAAGUGUUACUUGAGUCGGGUGACAACACUGGUUGCGCAGUAACCUAACAUCAGGGCACUGUGUCUGAGGUAGGAUGCUAGUUUUUGACUGUGUCGUCUGGGCGGCUGCAAAAAUUAUAACUGCUGAAAAUCUACUACUUAUAUGAUGGUCUAUUACUUUGAAUCUACGGCGUUCUAUGACCUCAAAUGUACUUCCUUAGAAACCAAGCAAAAUUCCUAUUUUUUCUACUCGUUUUGCAUGGUAUCAGGUUCUUCUCUAAAUAUCCUCCUUUGAUUAACGGUGCAGUUUAGUCAUAAAAACCCCGAUAUUAUGAAACUUUUAGGAGCGCAGAAAUAAUUAUUAAUUAGUUUGCCGUACGCCAUUCAUUCAGUUCGCUUCUAAGGCUAGCAAAGUGACCAGAUUCCUGCGCCAUUAAGAUGCAGACCGAUAAAUUAAGUUGCUUUGAACGAGCCAUUUGUAGGGUGCGCUGAACAGUGAACGAUGUUGCAGAAUUUCUGCUAGCGCUGAAACGCCCACAACAGUUUGAAAAAUAUUUUACAAGGGGGAAAUGCAGUUCCCCCGAUUAUGGUGUUUAACGUAUAUCCGAAUUGUAACAAAAGUUGUGUAGCGAAAACUGCUUUUAUGUUGCAUUUCAACAACUUAUGGUUGAAACUAUGCGGGUUCCGAAAUUUAAUAAAACGAAAAACACUGCAAUAGCAGUUCGUUUCUGACGAGCUUAAUUCUCUUGGAUGGCUGGAAGUGCACUCGAGCAACAUUCCCACAUGAAGUAUUUCGGCAUUGUGUUGCACGACAAUUUGUAUUUCAGCCGCCGUUGAGCUAAUCUUUCAUUAAUGAAAGCGUAUUUUAAAAGCUUAAUCCAGUUUUCAUUAUGUCUGUCAACUUAACUCGGUCAAAACUGAUAAAAAUGACUAAUGACACCUUCAAAUAGAACAGGCAAAUUAAACACGCAUAAAGAUGGACAAGUGCACAACAUGAUCUUGAACGAAUUCAAGCAGUGCGAAUGCUGAUCCAAAAUAGAGGACUAGAAUAUUAAUCCUGAUUUACCUGUGCUUGCUUCUAGAUACUUUGUGGCAAAAAUGUGAAAUUAUAGUUUGAAAAGCGUAAUUUUCCACAAAAUAUAUCCAAAAGGCAUAUUUCUGUGCACUUUUUCUAUAAAAUAAGCCCCGAUUUAUAACGGCAUCAAAAAGCAGGGAGAAAAAUCCAUACUAGUUAAGUGGGUAUUUUUAGCGACCCCAAUUAUACAAGUAGAUGGAAAGACGUGCAUUCAAAAGACGACAUCCUGACGUGACUUAAUUAUUUUAAUGUUAUAUCGCAUGACGACAGAUUGUAAAAUACCUCCUAAGUGGAAAUUUUUCGAUACUCCAGUAAGUUUCUUCAUUUUAACUCCUCGUUGAAAUAUAGCAUGCGCAAGACUUGUAGACUGCAGUUUUGAAAACUUAAUACUUUACCGACGGCUUGAAAUAUUUAGCCACUUUAAACAAUUGUCACUGUUUGCGAUCGUUAUGGUUUAUGGCUGGGAUUACUUAUUCCGGGGAACAUUUUUGUUGAGCAACAGAGGUAAACAUCCAAGAACUUUGUGGUAUCACACGUCUGGUCCCCCAUAUUGUCACCAGUUAAAAGGAGACACUAUUUUGACCACUUAAUGGCAAUAGUAAGUGAAUUUAAUGUCUCUUUGCAAGCACUGUCAAAAGAGUGUUGAAUUGUCCUAUUUUUGUUCCGAUGAAUACCUUAAAGAAUCUUGAUCACCUACUCGCGGCAGUCACCGCGAGGUCUUUUUAUUACUUGUUAUGGCACGUAUGAAUAAACAUCACCAGUUAUUUUCUUUUAGCACAAUUGUUCUCCGGAAUAAAAAACCCCGGUCACAAACCAUACCCUCGACGUCGGAUCUUUAAUCAAUGUUGAGACAUGAUAGGAAAUUUUGCACUCAAACAGAGAUCAUGCUUCCGCUACUAAAAUUACCACGACUAAAUUUAGAUACUCAAAUUAGAGUCAGUGCCCUUGACAAUGCACGAGUGAGAACCAUUUUUUCGAUGUUUUAUGCUGCGUCUCUUGGUCGAUGGUGCAGUCAUGCUUUAGUGAAUCUACCAUCGGCCAAUAUGGAUUGUGGUGAAGAUUUUAACGACUUAGGGACUGCAAACUAGAACCGCGAUGAAAUAAACGAAUAGUAAGAUGGCCUAGGUAAUAGUCACAGAACGGCGGACUUUGCGGGAAACUGGAGGCAAAACCUACUUGAAUUUCAUUUGCGAAGUUUUAAUUCCAUCCGAUUUUGCCAAGCCACAAAAACCGUAAAUCUUCAGACUGAUUUCCUUGGGCGCUUCUCAUGCCGAAGACAGAUAGUUCACAAGAAUGUCCAAGGUAUUCAGCAGUUCUAUAAGUUUAUAAGACCGGCCAAGGAUCAAAAUUUGACUGCUGGAUUGAACAGUUGACACAAGUAUUGUUACUUGUUCUCAAAUAUGCUGAAGUCCUUUUGUAUAAAAAGAGAUCGAAAAGGAAAGGAUGGGUCAUUAUGCCACCCUCCAGGGCAACCCCAAAGUUUUUCCGUCAACCCGUCAGAUAUCGUCUCAUAUCUGAGGUGACGGAGUUUUUAGCUCAGAACUGCCCCUCUACCAGCCAAGGCUGUGGCCGGCUGAUGAUAACGUACAGGGCAGAAACGGCUGUUUAAGUUUCCAUUGUUUUGUCGGUGGCGUUUAUGGAUUCUAAAUUUGUCGCAGUAUAACCAAGAACAGGAUAUCGCGUCCAGUGACCUCAAAAAGGCCUAACUUAGAUGACGUAUUUUUCGGCUCUACAUGCUCCAUACUUCUGCUAGUUUAGCUCAAUGGCGUUAAAGGAAUCGAAAGAGAAAUCGUUUUUUGCACUCCUUCCUCCACUAAUUCUCAUAAUUAUGCGUAAUUAUCGCUACUACUACUACUACUAGAGUGAGUAACCGAUCUCAUGAAACGUUGGAUGAAAUUCUGAAAUGCGUUUUCAAUUAGGAAGGAUUAAUUGGUCGCAGUUGUAAUACUGAUUAUCUUGCAGCAUAAUCUUAUAACAUUUUGGACCUUUUAAGACCGCGCAAUGUCCUUUCACGUAAUAUCGUACCUGGCCGUUUACACAUCUCCUCAUUAAAUGUACAACAUAGUCCGCAUCCAUUGCAAAAUUUUAUGGACUCUGCAUGAUGUCUUCUCAAGGGCAUAGAAAAAUAAGUGAUUUACUUUACGCGAACGCAUGCACCAUGUAGACUGUAAUCACUAAGCGCUAAUGCAGCGAAUGAUCAGGCUCCAAAUUAUUCGACAAUUAGAAAACUUUUUAUUUAUGCUCCUUCUUUGAGUAUAAAAUAUAAAAAAGACCUAAUUCUCUACUUAUUGACCGAAAGCAUAUUUUUGUGUAUGGUUUCUAUAAGAUAUAUUUGAAUUUGCAAGAUCAUCGAAAAUCAGUGGGAAAAAUGCAUGCUGCUUAAGUAGUCAUUUUUACCGAGUACGAUUUCUACAGGAUAUUGAGCAGCAGUAUAUUCAAAAGCUGACAUCCUGCCGAGUCCGAAAUGUUAAAAGAUUAUGCCGUAAAAUAAACAGCAUUACAACUGCGAUAAAUUAAUCCUUCUUAAUCGAAAACGCAUUUCAGAAUUUCAACCAACGUUUCAUGAGAUCGGUCACUCACUGUACUACUAAUACUACUACUACUUCUACCACCAAUACUACUACUACUACUACUAUUACCACUACUACUACUAUUAUGAUUUGAAAAUUUGCCAUGAUACCUGCCUUUAGCAUAAGUUAUCAGCCCUGUCGCCGACCGUUUCGUAGUUUGUAAGUACGUUGAACCGGCGGUAUCUUCUCCACGUCCCACUGUCGACUUUCUUAUCUAUCGCAGGCUUACAUAACAGACCUUUUGCUCAUACUGCCUCAGAUCCAACCAGUCUCUGAUGACAGCGCAUGAGACCUUCAAGUAAAAAUAUUCAUCAAACACGUUUUUAUGACAUCUCAUUUGCCGUACAAUAAGGCGAGAAUGGUUUUUAUUAAGGAAAACCUGUGUUGAUAAAACCUAUCAACCGUUUGGACACGUCCGCCGCGAACGUAAAAAACGUGAGACAGAAGUCAUCAACACAUAAUCGGGAAUCUUCCGCUUGUCCAGAGUAUAGGAAGUCUGAUUCCAUUUAAAGCAAUCCUUUUACGACGAAAGGUCCAGUUUUCAGGACAUAAUCAUAAACUGGCUUUGGUUUAAUUAUCCUAGGACGUUCUUGGUGUAGCGCAGUCUAAUUGUCUGAAUCAAAAUAUUGAAUACCAGAUGGGAAACGAGACGCUAGGAGUUUAGACAUGAGCGUAAGCGGAGGGGAAAAAAUGAAACCAUUCCUUUUAAAUAAAACGGCAAACGAUACGGACUCAAUAAAGCAUGCUGAAUGAGGAAACGUCCUUAUUUGGAAAUGGGUUUAAGAACUCUAACAACGUUUGAGCGUGGUUGCGUACAACUGGCGAGGCUGGAAUUCCAUCAUGCAUUCAGGGAGGCCCACCCGCGGACAGACGCGGAUAUCUGCCGUCCCCUCUCCCCGGGGAAGCUCCGUAAAAUGCCAUGAUAUCCACUUCUGUAAAAGGUCACUGGCCCCAUCUGCGGUCAGAGGCAUUUCUACAAAAAGUUCGCAAUAAACACGAUAGACAGAAGGUCAAAGCAGCGUGGAACCAGGUCUAUAAAACAGGCGCAAGCUAACGGAAAUACCAGAGUAAAAUGUGAUCCAUGGCUACAAUAUCGCCCGCUGUGAAACCCCCGUUGGUAAACUGUUCAUUCCAAUAGACAAUGCUAGCAUCUAAUCGUGAAGGUGCGCGAAAUAUAUUUUCCUCGAGAAAAGUGACCGAUGUUAAAACAAAUUUACCAAAUACUGAUGAUUAAUGCGAACAGGCGAGUUCUAGGAAGUAGUUCAGAUGAAAUAGAAUACGCGACCACCGGAACAGGGAUUUGAGUGGCAUGACGUUUCGGAUUCUCACUCGAAUCCCCUUUCUGUGACUGUCUUUAAUGAUGGAUUCAAGUGAUAAUCCUGACUGCCAGGCUAACAAACUCCUUGUUCCAGCGAUCGCAUCUAAUAAAAUACUGCGGGCGCUUGCGCAAAUGCAUAGUAGUUUAGAAUAAGCCUGAAAUUUUGUAGCCCAAACAUAUUGUAAUCCUUGGACGGUUUUAUAAUUGCGAAAAUUCUCAUAGCGGUAAUCAGAGGACGAGGAGGCGAGCAUACUUAGCUUUCGAUAAAUUCGCACCGGGCCAGUACAAUUAUAUGGAAACGGGCUAGAAGUAAAAACACGUCAGUAAUAAGAUAAAUCGAUUAAAUUUCGCCGUAAAACACAGGCCAAGUGUGGAAAUGUGGGGGAGGGGGAAGGGACACGGUAAAAAUCACUGAAAGGUCUACAAAUUUUUAUAUUGGCGACUAGUUUGUUUGCCCUUAACGUGCAUAUUCUGCCCUGUGUCCACCCUCUCAUGAUAUUCUUUUAGCGUGCGUCAUUUCAUAAGUUGUGCUCCACCUAUCAAAGUACGCGGAUGAAUAUCUUUGUUCCUCGUUUUUGGGGAUCAGUCAGAUCGAUCAGAUGUUACUUAAAGUAUCCCCGAUCCUCACGGGGAGAGCGGCGAAUCUGUAAUUUAGUGGCAAAGCCCUCAAAAUGAACGUUCGACAGUUAAAGAACCUCGUGUUCUCCUCGCCAGGAAUUACAGCAUUGUUAGCCCACGAAUGAUAGAAUCCCUGCAGGCGACGCUUAGAUGGCAGCAUCAAUGAUAGCUCCUUAGAAUUCCUGAUUUUGCGUGUAAAUUCCCGGUCGAAUACAAACAAUCCUCUGUUUGAUGCCGUCUUAAUCUGCCCUAGGGCACAUUUAUAUGAUAUUUUUAUCACGCUUCACUUCAUAAGUUAAACUCCACUUAUCAGAUGACAUGGGUGAAUAUGUUUGUUCUUCGUUUUUUGGGACUCAGUCAAAUCGAUCAAAUGUUACUUCUAAUAUUCCCGAUCGUCACGGACAGAGCGUCAAAUCGAAGAAUUAAUGGCAAGGCCCUCGAUGUGAGUGUUCGGCAGUUAGAUAUCAUCGUGUUCACCCCCUCUUUCAGCAACGUAGCAUCACUGAUAGCUCCUUGAAGUUCUUAGUUUUUCGCAUAAACUCUCGCUCGCUCUGAACGUGGGUUGUGCAAGUAGUGACGUAUGAUUAGUACUUUCUGUUUCUCUAGAAAAUCUUGUUUACUUGAACUGCAAAAAGGGAAUUUAACUCUGGAGACUGAUCCCUAUUCAGAACCGCUUGUUGAAUUUUUAAACUUGCGCAGAAACAAAAUCGCAAAACAAGCGACAACUGGAGAAAAAAAUUGAGCAGAGGGGCCUGCGGUCGCUAGGACUUGAAAAUAAUACUAAAUACAGCUGUAGAUGAGUGUUUAAGGGACGCAACUGCUUACUGGAACUCUGACGUCCGCUUGUAGAGGAGGAACAACUAACGGGUGUAGAACUAUACUUGCGCACGCAUAAAAGAUGGGGGCAGAGACUGGGGAUACUCGAAUCUCCUGCGCAUAGCCAGUUUCCAUUCACCUGCGCGUGAUCCUAGCUUCCCUUUCAUAUGAUUCUUGUACAGUGGGGACAGUUUAAGAGCACGAUGCAGUGUAGUACACCAAUUUCCUCAUCGAUAUGGAAUGCUUUCUUGAUCAAAGAACUCUUCUUAUCGUGACAAGUAUCUUCCAGAAGAGAUAUAUAGCGUUCCGCUGUGCGACUGCUGGCGGAACUCGAGAGUGGGUCCUUUCGCACGAAGAGACGAGUGAGUCUCCUAACGCGAUCGGUGAGUGUCCCUCUUACCAUUGUACAUAGCCGAUUGAAGCUGGCAGGACGGCGGGCCCCUGGCUCAGCGGUUAGGACGUUGGGCUUCAAACUAACAGGAAGUGGAAGUGGAUGGUUGACGACGAAUAAUAAACCAGAAAUGACCAUCCCAGUCUCUCUUGUCCUUGUUGGUAAUGCUAGAAAAGACACCUUCAAACUCUGAAAGUCGCCAUCUGAGAGCGGUGUACACCGGCCUAUCCCGAUAGUGAGGCAGGAAUAGGCAUAUCUAAUUUUAGCUUACUACUCGUCAUGCAACCUCCAAGAAAACGUUGGAGGCCUCGUAGCUCAGGUGGCUAGAGCGUUGGCUGUACUGAAGCCUUCCUCUUGCUGACGUGGGUUCGAAUCCCAUCGAGGAACCGAGUUUUUCGCGGUUAGGUCAAAAUGAAGGAAAAAUGGGAGUGCUCGCUUCAGUCCUGUGAUCAGGUUAAAUUGGCGCCCGCCACUCCUGGCUGGGACUAAACACUCCAGAUGUCAACCUAUAUGAAGUGCGCCUGUCAGUUUAGUGGACAACGCUGUUUGAUGAACAGUUAUCAAGGACUUCGGGUCUUGGAUGUCCAGCCCAGGGUAACAUGGGAUGAUGACAUUAAAUGGGCCAGAAAUGACCAUUCCAACAGCUCUGUCUUUGUCAAAAAAACGCUUUUCAAUUUGAACAGGGUAAAAGGCGACAAAAUAGGCAGAGUUUAAUGGCGCCACAGAAUUUUGCGACCUCUUGUUUAACUGCUCCGAAAACUGCAUACUAGUCAGCUCCAAAACGCCUAUUUGAGUUAAAAUAAUCAAAGAUACCAUAUCUGUGCACGCCACAUCAAACUAUGCUGAUGAUUCUACAUGUAUUUGCGAAUGCGAGUACAUCGGGCGCAGGCAAAGGCCCUCAGUGAUUCGGAAUGUUGAACAUACCGAAGUGUCUGCUGGGAGCAGAAAGUAAGGCAGCACAGGAGUUCACUUCCAAAACAAACGGUGGAUACCGAUCAUGUGGCAGAUUGAACGGCUGCAUUUAGACUUCUACUGCGCAUGACGACUGGGUUUCUCCUACGCUAUUCAGAAGCUGCUGCAAUGCGGAGGAGAAAGACAGGAAUAUGUAAACAGUUGGAUCACAUGAUCCCCUCGCGUUGCCGUGGGAAGGGUUGACGACAGAAAUAGUCCCAUUCCCUUUCCCGUCCCUUCCCUCUUUCCCUCCCUUCCUCGCCCACAUCACUGACUAAAGUUCCGUGCCGUGCAGCUGUAACCAGUCCUGACUGGGUGUCUCAUGUUAUGCAGACGUAAUCAUGGCUGACGAGGUUUCAUUAUAAUCCAAACACGCCCACCUACGUAACUUCUCUCCCUCCCUCACUCGCGCGCGACGUGCCCACUCGCAUUUCAGAUCAACAUUUCCUAUUUCUAUUUGUCUAUCACGUUUGAUCGCGGUAGGCGGCUUUCAUACCAAACGGCUGAUCUAGUUAACAUCAAUUGUCACGAGCAGUUGUUACAGGGGUCUUAUGAUCUUGUGACGUCAUUGAAUUCUGCGCAAUCCGUCGCAUCUAUUCCGAGUAAACAAUGUCUCGACUGCCCAAUUUAGAUCUGCACUCAUUCUACCAUCGCAAGGUGUCUGCAGACACUGACUAAGCGAUUUGUUAAGAACCUGGUAGCCUACUGAUUAUCUCCUUGCCUGAUGAAACUGCAUUUUUAAGGCGUGUUUGGAUUUAAGCCAAAAAUGCACAAUGACCUAACAGUUAAGGGUUUCUUGUUUUUACCUAAACCUAUGAGUACAUGGCUCAUCUACGAUUCUCCCAAGAACACAAUUAGCCUAUGACAUUUGCCUGUUAAUUGACAACGCCCCUCCCUCCUGAAACGUAAACGUCACAUAGUGUUUUUUUGCCUUUUCCACCCUCUGCGACUCAUAGCUGUCGCUAAACUCGAGGUGAGCCGAAUGACCUGGAGGGGCUUCAUUACUCUAGUAUCCACGCUUCUGGAGAUCGACAAUAAAAUUGACGUGUCUCCCACCGGCAAUCUACUCCUACAACUCGGGCAAGUUAAAGGAGUUCAUGUUCGGCGUUGCAAGACGGUGGUCGUGGGCAAUCCAAACUGCCAAUCUCAACGCAAUGUAAAGUUACUCUGCCCCUUCACCUGCGAACACCUCAAUGUCAGUCUUUACCAGAAGGUAAGUCUGACAAAAGGGGGACUGCAAUGGCACCUUCAGCUAGGCCCGUUUUGGGAACGUUUCCCUCACUGUCUACAUUUUCACCAGCCAGAAUGAGGUUUUGCUUUAUCCAGUCAAAGAGAUCAAAUGAAUGCUUGUUGCGGCAGCGAAUUCAACUAAAAACAAAGCAGUUGGUGGGGCAAACCACACUCAUAAGUUCUAAGCCCACCACAUGGGAAGAUUAUAACCCCGGAGACUUUGAUAUUUUGAACGUGGGGCUCCAUAGGGUCUCAGGCCAUCGCGGACAGGUUGCAUACAUUUAACUGGUUCUGGCAAAUCCUUAACAUACAUGGUCGAAGCGGGGCAAAAAUACACUUGACAAUGCAAAACAGCGUAUGAGUCAUAUGUGGUUUUGUAGCCGAACCUGAGGUAAACAUACCCCAGCCACCUGUAAUACGGGACCGGUGGUAAUAGCGGCUUUUGUAGGUGGGGCCGGGAAACGCACAGGCGACGAGGUCAAGUAAUUGUAUGCAAAGGAAAAGUAAUUGGGAACGCGCGGUCGUACCCCUAACCCUAACCUGUAACCGCAGCCCUAAACCCAAACUCUGAAACAUCCAACGCGAAAGUUAGAAGGAGACGACAGGCCGAAAGUCAAGAAGGACCACCGGCCUUGGGGCACAAAAAGGUAGACACGGCAACAAAGAAACAAGGCAGUCGACAGAACACACGUCGCAACGCACAGCAACCCCAUGCCAACGUAAUAACACCAACGCAAAAUAAUUAAGUAGGUCAACAGUAUUGUGCCCAUCAGGUGUGGCUACACAAGCAGAUCUUUCCAGCGCCUGUAAAACCGGGCCUAAAAAUCAAGCCCCGAGACAUUUUGUUAGCAUUCACUUUUUCACUUCAGCCAACUAGACGUCUUCAUCCGUUAGUCACUCUUUUUUCCCAUGCGCGACUUGGCCCUUUAUCCUCUUGAACUAUUGGACAAGUCAUGUCAGGCACGUUUAUGUGGCCAGAACCACUGACCGUAUGUAUUCGGUUGUCGAAGUGCUCCAGAAAGACUUUCUGAUGAGAGACAUGACAGAAGAAAUACAAGGACACUGAGAGAACCGAUUUUUUAGGUGGGAACAUUGUAAGUCGGGGUUUCGACAUGAGAGGGGUUUGAACCCCUCUCAUGACAUUAACAGAGGGACUUGUCGGAACCUCAGGUGGUAUAUUUCCUACGCCGUCCCACACACACACCAAAAUAAGUAGCGUUCACAUUCAUCACAUUUAAUCCAAAAUUGUCGUUCAAAUCCGAGUUCGUCACUUACGGUUAUCUGAACCCCGUUAUUAAUAAUUUCUAAGUUAUCUCGCCGUAAGCUGUGCUCCACCGUGUGUCCCUCUACGCGGAGGCCUUAGGUUCUAUGCCCAAGAAAAAGAAUAACGUUGAAUAUUGGGGCAAGCGCUGCGUCUGCCGAUCGACUGAUGUUUGGGAAUGUAUGAAUCACAUCACAUGCACCCCUCACUUAAGUGGGAAGUGGGCUUUUCGGCUGCUUUUUCAGUGUAGCUCCUCUGCCGCAUGUGAGAUCCGAGCGUUAUGUCGUCCUUGUGUGUGAAAUCCCGACAAGUACGUUUUGGGGGGCCCCGUUGAGCAUGUGGCGCGUGUAUACGAGCCCUCUAGCCCUCUCAGCCACCGCGUCCAUGGACCUGCACCAGACAACUGUCCGGCUCGGACAGUGGGUGGGGUUUGACAGUGUGAAUAGAGAGUGAGAUAGGCAGGUCGGCACACUAUCCUCAUGAUGAACAAUGUAAUGCGCUUGAGGCUUUCAAUGUGCUAAAAGCCGUGGCUUGGAAGAUUGCCAGCUGACGGGAUAACUUGCGCCUCGCGGUCGGCCCAGUGCUGUGUGUUUGCAUGGAAUGACCGGCUGGUGGUAUGAGAGUCAGGCUGCAAUGACUCCUCCUUAGUGUGGCCUUAUGACGCUCUCACUCCGUGAGAUCCGAGGCUGGUUUGCUGGCACGCCCAGGGGCGACUCCGGUCGCGCCAGAUGCCUGCGCCCUCUCUCCCACCUCCGGUCUUCUUAACUAUGUCUUGACACUAAGCCCAGGCGGGGAGAAGGAGAACGUGCUUUAAAUUCGACGAAGGUCUUCUCUCGCUAUAGACUAAUUCACGCGCAAGUCAUUGUCCCUACUCCUACUCGGCUGUGGAGCAUACGUUGGAGAUCGCCAAAAUCGACGGUCGAACUGUCAUGACUCGUGAGCCAAGCCAUUGCCAUCUCUCGUGCGUGUGUGGAUUCUCUCGAACCUUCUGGCUAUAUGCCGAAGACCUUAUUCGGGACGUUCGUCGAAUCAGGUACUAGUUGCAGCAGUCGGGGCUUACUGACCUUGUUCUGUUCUUUUUCCUGUGGAGGGAAGAAAAGAGAAUCGGGCUGACUAUCAAGGCGUAAGCCCGGCCAAGCUUGGCCACUGCAAAUGAAGAAGAAAUAAAUGAGGACGGUGCUAAUUGUAUUCUUGGUUCUAAAGCAAACGUGUCCGUCUGAGGUCUAGUUUUUUUACAAAUCUUUUUUUGAUUGAGAGUUGCCUGCUGACCGACCGACGAUUUGGUCGAUUCCGACGAUGUGUUUGAUGCUGCGCCAGACUACUAUCACUGUAAUCCAAUUCAGGCAACAAGAUAUCAUCCCUGUGCCCACCCUGCUAUAGGGUACACGCCGUCCUCUGACUGCUUAACAGGCAGUUACGAAUAUUGAUCAUACAAAUCCGCCCAUAAAGUAUUUUGUUCUGUAAACACGAGUGCAAGGCCUGGUGCUCCUCAGUCAGGGGCUCUAAGAUAGGUAGUUUGUGACGACAAAGAGACAAACACCACCAUCUUGGUUGCCUUCGAUGCGAUUUUUUGCAAAAAAACAUCUCCUCUAAGCACAAUCAUAAUAGGUGUCGUAAACUCUGUUUGCCUCAAACUACUCCAACCCUUUACUGCAGUGAUCGUCCCUUUACUUCUCAGAGGAGGGGGGACAGUGGAUAUUUUUUUUCCUCUUUUCCCUGUAUUUCAAUUGGCACGCCCCGCCCUUCUUUUUCCCAGCGACCACUAGUACUGGGAGCGCUCUCUAUAACCGUGGAACACAGGGAGGAGGUGUCUCUUGAGACGCUGGCUGGACACAUAACUGGAGAGCUGCAGGGCUGCUGUCUGUCAGAAGCACGGCAGAUGCCCAUUUCAGCACCCUAUGUCUAUGCAAUCGCCAUCGACAGCAUCCAGCGGAUCAACACCACUCCAAACUCCAGCCUGGAGCUACUCAAUGCUGAGGGCAUGAGAGGCUUCGUCAACGCCUACUUCAGCACCUACCUGAGGGAGUACCUCUACGCGCCGAGCUGUUAA